AUGGUUAAAAAAAUAUUAACCAGACGAAGAAAUAUUAAGGAAAAUGAAGAGCAGGAUAAGAAAAGAGCAGAAACACGAACUGCAAAAAGUCAGAAAAGCGAAAGUAAACUUCAUUUGGUUCAACGAUCAUAUCCGCUUACUUUACUCGGAAUAACUAAUGCCGAAACGAUCGAAGUAAUUUUUCCUAAUUGGUUCAAUCAAGUAUUCGUGGGAACUAGAAAUAAUGUUGCUUAUCAACCAUAUGAUCUGAAUAUGCCAUCAUCUUUGUUAAAACGAUCAAUUGCACAUUAUCAGGCGGAUUCACCGAUCACUGAACAUGGGAAAAUUUGUGCUGCGUUAAUUGGACGUGGUAUUUUGCUUGCCAAUUAUCAACCUAAAAUUAUUUUUACAUCACCCGAAUUGAGAUGCAUUGAAACAGCUCGUUCAAUUCAACGUUCGCUGCAUAUUGAUAAUUGGAGUUUAUGUGUGGAACCAUCAUUAGCUGAGUAUGCAGGAUUUCGAGAUAAUGCCGAGAAAUAUUGGUUUACGAUCAGAGAGUUGCAACAAGCAGGUAUUUUCUCAAUCAAUAAAGCCUAUGUACCGCUAUUAAGACUUGAGAAACUAUCAAGAAAUGAGACACCGCAAGAGUUCAUAUACAGAUUACAACGAUUUUACGAGCAUAUUAUUGUAAAUUUUGAUGACAGAUGUAUUGUAAUUGUCAGCAAUAUUACUGGAAUUUUUGUGCUCAAUGAUGGGAUCGCUACCGCACCAUGGCAUCUGCAAGAGCCUCAUGCUUAUAUGAAUAGCUGUCAUCUAUGUGCUAUUGAAGUUACACCUGAUGGAAAAGUCUGA